CUCUCACUGACACCAAUGAUGGAGCGCUAUCACUCUCACGGACACCAAUGACUGGACACUAUUCCUCCCACUGAUUUCAACAACAGUCUCCAGGCGGGUCCGCCCACAUGCAGAUACAUCCACAUUUCCCUGGACGCGAUGUGUGCGCGGGAUGACAUGCCGCCCCUGUCACCUGGCCACAUCCCCGGGAUCACUCAACAGCUCUGCCUCCUCACCAGUGAUUGGCCGCCGGAACUGUAGCUCAGGAGAGGCACACAGGCGGCCAAUCACCGGCAAGGAGGAGGAGCCG